UGAUCCAUACUGUUAGUCUUACUUGACCAAAGCGAAACUGCUCCUGCUGCUUUUGUGAAAAUACAGAGCCGGCCUCUCGCUGUGGUAGUUUGAACGAGUUAGCGAUCUGUAGCAGUGUUGGACACCCCGGCGAGUCAGCAGCUCUUCCUGAAUUGCCUUGUUCAGCAGCAGAUCUACUGUUGUAGCGGGCAUUGUUUUUGAGCCUCGAUGGAUUCGAUACGGAGGAGUUCUUACCGCCUCAAGGCGCUGAGCACAGGCCAUAAGGAACUUCAACUGGUAAUCUCGGAACAGAAGUCCGCACGAGUGGAGUACAAGAAUGCCAUCAAAGUCAACAAAUCAGCAACCGAUCAGCUAUUGAAAUGGUCGCAGACAGAAGAAAGCGAAGCGCUACAGGUUUCCAUUCAGGCGUUGGCUGAGCUGAACCUAGCAUGGUGUGACGUGCAGCGAGAUCUAGCUGAUCAACUCAAGGUUGCCAACACCACAUUUGAACGUAUCCUGGAAGAGGAGAAGGAGCUGGACAAGGCCAGGAAAGCUCUUGAAAAGAGCCAGCAAAAGGAGAAAACCAUGCAGAAGGAAGUUGACCGUAUCCACAAGAAAGGAGAAGACCCGGGGUUUGCCGAGAGGAAGCUAGAACAAGCGAUGCGCUCUAAGGAGAUUGCCGAGUCUGAAGUGCAAGGACGCUAUCAGGAAACUGAGGCCAACAAGCAGAACAUGGUGCGUGAGGGGCUCGUUUGUGUCGCUCAGGCACAUCUCUCCAUGGCCAGGAAGUGCUCAACUCUUUUCGAGGCAUACGAGAGCAUCUGCCAAACUAUACCGACACGCAGUGAACGUGAUUCAGAGCCUCCACCAUUCACAGAUUCAUCCAAGGUGGCCAGUGUCUGUCAGAGUGCUAUUCGCAUGGCUGACCGUGCCCAGGUGGUGCGAUCUGCAUCGUAUGCCAUUGGUGAGGAUUUGACAGGUACAGACAAGAGACGCUCUCUUCCACCAGACGAACCUCUUCCGCCCCCACCUGGUAGCUACAUGCCACCGUCUUACGAGGAAGUCGAUGGUUUCACGCGCUCUGCACCGGGAUCUCUUCGCAUCGGCGAAUCAAGACCACGCGGCAGGAGUUCUGUGGAAGAUGACGGCUGGGCAAGUGAUGAAUUUGACGACUAAAAGUGGACAACAUCUGCUGGUUCUUCUGGAGCCAUCCCCGACAGGUUCUUUCUCAUUCUAGGGCAACGUGGUGGCCUAUUUAAAGGUUAAUGCUGCAUUGUGUGUCGCGCCGGCGUUGUGUGCGGUGGGGUCUAUGUCUUGUGUCUGGUUCAGUGUGGCGAUGACAUUCAUCUGCCGUGUCCAUGUCACCAGAUUCGAGAUUAUUCUUCCACUGGCAGCACGGGCCUGUUGUAUAUAUAGGUGGUUCCCUGAUGACUGGUGGUAGUGGCUCUAAUCCGCUGUUCCAGCUUUUGUAACUAUGAUCGGAAUCGAAUUGUUGAUUUGUUUUAUACGAUAGAGCGGCUCUCAUUGACCGCUGAUCUUGAGAUUUCAAAGCCGGAUUUUGGAGCUUUUUACACAUACAUGUAGUGCAUGGUAAUCCUCUGAUUUGCAGAUAUGUUCUGGUCUGGACAAGUACACGGUGAUUGUUGCUGGCAACACAUACCGACAGCUGUUGUAUUUGAAAAAGCACAUCCUCCAUAUUGAUAUCUGUCUAUUCUGAAUUUUUCGCCGACACAUCCGUCCACGUAUUUGGAUUCGCCGGGAGCGAAUACGUUCUUCUAUUCUGAAUUUUCUUUUUGAUACAUGUCCUCUUUCAUCCAACGCUCUGAGCAGCUGGUCUGUUCAAGUCUCGCGUAUGCCACAGCGCCGGUUUCUGUCAGUCAAGUUAGGGCGCUCGCCCAGAUUCCAGACGAGCAUGACUAUAAGUACAAGUACAGCAAACGGUCAGCUGAUCGGUCUCAUUCUCUCUGCACCUCAACUACAGUCCUCUUGCGUGUUCCCGCCACAUAUGUUAUUUGUUUGCAUUAUGAUAAUGAAUUAUUGGUUUGAAUGUCAUACUGCCUGUGUCGUUACUUUGAUACAAUGUAAACCUCAGUGACUUUCCCUGCACGGCCGGUCCUGGUGGUGCAGUGUACUUGGAUGAUGAUGUUCAAUACUCGUACUGUAUAAUAUCGUUAUGCCACUCCAA